CCGAAGUUCAAGUUUUCGCUAGAGCUGUUCACAGCAUUGCGCAGGGGCAGAAUUGCUUUCUUGUUUCUUCAGGCUUGUUUCUUCAACUUCAAGUUCAAGUGGAAACCUAGGAAGUUCAUCAGUGGUCCUGCUCAGCUGCUUCGUCAUCUGGCUCUGGCAAAGGAAGUUUGUUUCGGAAGAGCUCUUGAUAUCAGCUCAAGAGCCCUUCAAAGCAGCAGCAUCAAUCACGAAUGGGUGUACAGCUGCCUCCCUCAGCAGAGCCUGCGGCGAUAGACUCUUGCUUUAUCAUUCCUGAGGAACACCGACCAAAGACCGCUCACAAUGAGUACAUCUCGUCAAGGGGUGAGGAGGUGCCUGUUAUCGACUUGGAACAUCUCCGCUCAGAGGAUGAUGGCAGGAGGAGGAGGGCCAUCGCAGCGAUUGGUGACGCCUGUGAACACUGGGGUUUCUUCCAAGUAACAAACCAUGGCGUUCCUCCCGCGCUGAUCGACGAGGUGAAGGCGCAGGCGCGACGCUUCUUUGAGUUGCCGCUCGAGGAGAAGCGCCGCGUGCGGCGGACUUUUGAGAAUGUGUAUGGUUAUUACGAGAGCGAGCUGACUAAGAAUGUGCGCGACUGGAAGGAGCUGUUUGACUACGGACCUAAGCCAAGGCCCGACCUGCGGGAUGACGCCCCCGAGAAUGUCACGCUGGAUGGGCAUAACCAGUGGCCUGAGGCACCGCCAGGGUUCAGGGCCACAAUGGAGAACUGGUUCUCGGCCAUGGAGCGCCUUGGCCGGGACGUUCUGCACGGCAUCUCCGCCAGCCUGGGCCUGCCCCCCACCGAAUUCGACCCCCACUACGCAAACCACUCGAGCUUCGUACGCCUCAACUACUACCGUCCGUGUCCGAACCCGGCCCUCACGCUUGGUGUGAAUAGGCACUACGACGCGGGGGCGCUGACGAUUGUGGGACAGGACGGCGAGGUGGGGGGGCUGCAGGUGCAGAAGGGCGGGGAGUGGGUGGGGAUCGAGCCGCGGCGGGACGCGUUCGUCAUCAACAUCGGAGACAUGAUGCAGGUGUGGUCGAAUGGGAAGUACAAGAGCCCGCUGCACCGUGUUGUGGUAAACGAGAGCCGGGCUCGCUUCUCCGUCCCCUUCUUCUACAACCCUGCGUACUCCACCGACGUGGCCCCGGUCCCGCAGCUCUUAUCCGCAGGACAACAGCCCGCUUAUAGGCCCAUCAAUUGGGGGGACUUCAGGUCAAAAAGAGCUAAAGGAGAUUAUGCAGAUUUCGGGGAGGAAGUUCAGAUAGCACACUAUGCGCUAUGACGGAAUUCUGUGCGGAAUCAAGCUCUUCAUUAAGAAGGCUAUAAUAAGCGAAGAUGAAUGUUGGGCAACAUGUCGUUAGCGUGUAUGUGGAUCGUGUCAAACAUGGUUUCAUCAUUUUGAAAUUAACCAUCAUUGGAUUGUCUUACGU